GUGCAGUCAGGGGCAGUAUGGCGCUGAGCAGACUCGGUAGAUGUUGUCGGUCGUUAGCACAUGAGUCUGUUAAAGGAGGAUUAUUCCGCCUUUUACCGUCAGGAUGGACGGAAACGUGUUCAGGAGCUAAGAGGCAUCUGUUGUCAGAAGAUGUCAUCAAGCUUCAGGACUUCCAGGAAAAGAAGCUGACUGUGGCUCACCUCGCCACUGGAUCCAAAGGAAAUUAUAUUGAGAUGUUCAGUGAGAAGCUACAAAGGAACGAGUUGAUACUGAAAGAUGAGCUGAAGCUUCUCCUUCACUUGUGCCAGUCUGGGGACGACUUGGUGAUAGCCAGAGAUGCAAUCUAUAGGUAUCACACAGAGAACCAUAACGUGAUGAAUGGGGAGUUUAAGUUUGGUCCUCUCUACGUUAGACUGUGUUAUGAACUGGGUCUGGAAGACAUGGCUGCUGCUGCACUUACAGAUAAGAGCUUGAAAGGGUUUUUCAAUGAUGCAACGUCCUUUAAUAUCGCCAUAGACAUGUUAUUCACAAAAGGCUCUUAUGAAAAUGCUCUGGAGGUAUUAAGAACCAUGAGGAACCAAGGUGUACCAUUCAACAAAGACACACAUACGCUGGCAACGGGCAUCUGCUACAAACUGAACACUACAGAGUCUUAUAGAAUCUGCACUGCUCUGAUAGAGGACGGACAGACCAGAAGACACCUUAUCCCCAGACAUGCUUACUGCUUUGCUGUAGCAUUAGCACUCAGGCAGAAUGACAUUGAAAAAGCACAGUCACUGUAUUCACAAAUCAUGAACUCAGAUAGCAGAUUAUGUCAGAAUUUGAAAGUGAUGAUGUUAGCCAUGUCAGGAGCAGUGAAAAGUGCCAUUUCCACCCUGUGUGCAGCCGCGUUACAGAGAAGCCCUUCUUUUGUCAAGAAGCCUGAUUUUUCACAGGAGGUGGUGGAUUUGCUGCUCUCGCGGAGUAAAGGCGGACCACACAUGUUGGAGGUGGAACAGAUAGUGACUCGGCUUGAACGAGCCGGUCAGGUGACUCAGCAGACUGUCGACGACAUGCUGUGCCACACGCCCACAGGGAGGAGGAAACAAGGACCAAUAAUGGAGGAGAGGAGGUUCAGCCGAAGAGCUCUGACGCCACUACAGUCCACCCUGCUGUCGGAAUAAAGAGGCCUGCUUUCAAUAUUAUCAAUCAUCUGAUGACAGAAAUGACUUCUUCAAGAUGGUCUACCCCCUAAACACAGAUACAGUCGUCAAUCUGCAGAUUGGACUUUUUCCCUAUCCUACAUUUAGUGAAAAAGGUCACAGUCCGGGUUUGUGCAGCAGGCAUUUAAAAAGAAAUCUCAAUGAAGAGACUUUACCUUUACGAUCUGACAUGGAUCAUGUGAGUGAUUAAGAAAGAAAGUGUUGUAUAUAGAAGUGUAAAUGAGUGUUAAAGAUGAAUCGGUUAUUUAAUUAAAAAAAA